UUGACGCUCGUUGUUUAAAGAAUUGUGUGAUUCAUUCUAAUUGGACUCCGCUAUCGUGCGUCGUAUACAGCCCAGUGCGGAUUGCAUCAACAACAUUCAAUUUGCUGUGAAAUGCAUGACGUCAACAACACCAUGAGUAUGGCCAAUCCACCAGGCAUCAUUUGGCAACCAGUGGCUCCUGCCAACACUCUCAAGGACAUCAUGGGCAAGAAAUUGAACGUCAUCCUCGCUUUUUCAAUUAUAAGCAUCGUUUUGGGUAUCCUCUCCAUUUUGCUCCAGAUUGCGACGUUGGUGAUCUACGCUGAAUACAUCUACUACACUGUAUAUUACCCGAUUGAUGUUAUCGGCCAUGGAAUCUGGUGCGGAACGUUCUAUGUGACAGCUGGUAGCUUAGGCGUGGCUGCCUGUAGAACACCGAAGACAUCACUUUUGGUGGGGACCGUAGUAGUGUCCGCAAUUUCAGUCGCUGGUGCCAUCGUCGCAUCUACACUGUCCGGAAUUGCGGCAAGCUUGGGCUUCUAUUACUGCUACAAAGAUAUCUCUUUAUGUGAAGCGUGGGAAGGUCUGGAAUGGACCUUGAUGUCCAUCAGUAUUUUGGCUUUCAUGAACUCAAUUACUCUAGUAUCCUUAGUAUCCGUGCCCCUCUGUUGCAGCGGACGUAAAAAAGGACCACAAGGAAACACGAGUGUUCUAAUCGGUGUUGGAAGCCAUCAAAAACCAAUGUAUCAUCAGCCACAACCAAUGCAUUUAGCGGCUCAUCAACAACCGAUCUAUUUAGCGCCUUCACAGCAACCGAAUGUUCAGGUCGUUCAUGCUGGACAGCAGAAUCCACAACAGAUGCAGUAUCCACAGCAGCUACAGGUCCAAUUCUUACCCAAUUCGCAAGUCGUCUAUGUACCCCAGCCACAACAAUACUCGCAACAGCAACAGACGCAAAAAGCUCCUGCUGCCAAACAGCAGGCACAGGCUCCGGUUGUUCACCAGCAGCAACCACAGCAAAAUCAAACUUCACCAUAUGAAGAGUUGAACGUCCAGUUACACGCUGUGGAAAACACUUAGCCAACCGCUUAAAGGAAUCGAUUGCAGAAGUGGGCUUGUUAUUGACAUAACAA